GAGAAGAGUCCCAUAAUGAACUACUUCUCUUCUCUAGGCAACAAAGUAAGUGUAACGCACCUUUGUAAACACUACUUCCCCAAAAAGUCAUCCAACUCACUCAUGAAAACCAAAACCUCCAUGUUUCACUACGUCAUCUCUCAUGCCAAACCAUUUUGGCUUCAUCUAUUUUAUUUCCUCGUCGUUUCAUUGGUUGGUUACAUGGUUUUGAAGGUCAAUAAUAACCUUAAUAAUCUUGAUUUGUUUUUCACAUCGGUUUCAGCAACAACAGCUUCAAGUAUGUCUACACUUGAAAUGGAAGUAUUCUCUAACGAUCAACUCAUUGUCAUGACUAUUCUAAUGCUCCUUGGAGGUGAAGUUUUCACCUCCAUGCUCGGUCUCCAACUUCGAAGGUGCAACUUUUCUUCUUUCCAAACCCCCAAGGUAGAUAAUUCACACGUAAUAAUAGACAAUAAUUCUAUAGAAUUAGGUACAAUCAACCAACUUUCUAUUAGCACCAGUGAUGAUAGUGAGAGUUAUUCAAAGUAUUAUAACAAUUCUAUCAAAGUUUUAGGGUAUGUUGUCCUAGGAUACCUCUUAGUCGUACAUGCAAUAGGAUCAACUUUAGUUACCAUUUACAUGACCCUAACUCCUAGUGCUAACAAUGUUCUUAAGAGUAAAGGACUUGUACUAAAUACUUUCUCCUUCUUCGUCAUUGUUUCGACUUUUUCUAGUUGUGGUUUUAUCCCUACAAAUGAGAACAUGAUCAUCUUCAGGGGAAAUCCCGGCCUCCUUUUGAUUGUCCUCCCUUUCGUCUUCUUAGGAAACACAUUGUAUCCCUCAUUAUUAAGACUUGUGAUAUGGGUUUUAGAGAGGUUUAUUAAGAAAAAAGAGUUUAAUUAUAUGUUGAACAAUUAUAAAGAGAUGGGUUAUGAUCACUUAUUGUCUAGUAAAGAGUGUUGGUAUCUUACUGGCACUACUAUCGCGUUUUUGGUAUUACAAGUUGUGGUUUUUUGUGCAAUGGAAUGGAGCUCCGGUGUUAUGGAGGGGAUGAACUCGUACCAGAAGUUUGUAGGAUCCGUAUUUCAAACCGCAAAUACAAGGCAUAGUGGGGAAUCCAUUGUUGAUCUCUCUCUAGUUUCUCCUGCUAUCUUGGUUCUAUUCAUCAUCAUGAUGUAUCUUCCAGCAUACACUUCCUUUCUCCCAAUCAGCGACGAGCAAGAAGAAACACCAGAAAAAAGUAUAAAAAUGAAAAAGAAGAAGAAAGUGGUAGAGAAUAUGGUAUUAUCCCAAUUAUCUUACUUGGUCAUAUUUGUGAUUAUUAUAUGCAUCACUGAGCGGAAAAGUCUCAAGGACGACCCUCUCAACUUCAACGUCCUAAACAUCGUCUUCGAAGUCAUAAGUGCGUAUGGAAAUGUUGGGUUGUCAACGGGCUAUAAUUGUAAACGACGUUUAAACAGUGAUAAAAAUUGCUCGGAUAAAUUGUAUGGAUUUUCAGGGCGAUGGAGUAAUGCUGGAAAAUGUGUUCUUAUUUUAGUUAUGUUUUUUGGAAGACUCAAGAAGUUCAACAUGCAUGGUGGAAAAUCUUGGAAAAUGCUUUGAUUUUAUAAUAAUCUGUACUUUUUUUGAAGGAAAGUUUGAUUUUCUAUUACUAUGGUACGGAAUAGUUAACUUGUAGAUUGUAGAUCUAUAUUCCAUAGCCAUGAAGAACCACAAUGUACAUAUUUUCGUGAAUAUCACCUUGUUAUAUUAAGUGCUAAGUAUUUCGUAAAGUAUGUAUGAUAGAUUGAUAGAUCAAUGACCGAACUCUUCUUAUAAA